AUGGCCUUUCCAUGGACAAUUGAUAAAAUCGUUGUCGGACAAAUCUCGCCCCAAGGGCCAGUCUUCCCCACAACAAAUUCCCAAGGAAUUAAAUUGCCCCCUCCAAACGGAGAUGGUACUAUCUGGACACCUGGACAAAUUUACUUAGAUGGCAACGAUGGAUCAAUUGCCCCAGUGACUUUUCAGGUCCCAAGCGAGCCUAGUCUAGACUGGCGGCUCCCGAUGACCAUUUCUGCGACGAUUGCAUUCCCUGAGGAAUGGUACGGGCAGGAGUGCAAGCUUAUGGGCUCAUUGAACGGCGUGCAGGUUGUUGAAAAUGACGUGUUCGAAGCUACGGCAACCCAAAAUUGGACCUUUAAUGAAUUAAGCCUGAUGUCAACUUUGUCUUUUAUCAACCCAGCAAAUCCCGAAUACACUUUCUGGAUUCCCUUCCGAACCAGCGGGGAUUGGUCCUGGGCAAUUCAGCUUGAGCUCUCUUUUGCGGUCUACCCCCUCCCGCCAAAUAACGCCAAUCCUAACCCACUCUGGCCUGAGUCAGGUAUUCUCGAAUCCCAACCUGAUUUUCGAAGUUCGUACCCAGUUGUAGUGCAGAGAUAUGCGUUUCCAAAUCUUGCACAGCUUGGGUUAGUCCCAAACAACCUUGAUCAGGCGCUUCGUUGGUACAUUUAUUUUAUGGUGGCCAAUAUAUGGAAUUUGGGCAACGGAAACCCUCCGAUUCCCUAUGACAGCAACCUUGGAGCGUCUGGAUUCAAUAUGAACGACACUGGGGGUGUAUUUGCUUUGACACAAUGGAUCCAGGGUCCUCCCAAUACAUGUAACAGUCUCGACUUAGCAGCAGUACUGCAGUUAGGAUGCUCCAUCGCCUUGUCACCUACCGGAUCAGAGAUUCUGCGAUCUACUUGGGUUUUCCAAUAUCCUCGCGGCUAUAUUCUGAAUGGGGAACUCUUCGGUCAGCCUCAGUUCAUCGGAUGCAACAACCCUUUCUAUUUGAACCAGGCGUUUAAUAACCAUCCGAUAUGUGAGCCCCCGGAUCCACUUCGGUCUUAUUUUUCCGGUUUUGCCUGGGUCGAAGUGCAAUUUGCCGGCCCGCAAAGCUUCGUCAUCGACGUUGCCCAUGCAGUUGAACAUCAAAAUCCGCUAGAACCACUCAUCCCGGAAAUUGGCACAAAUAAUAGGGCGCAAUAUCUCGCAUUGCACCAAGACCCCGCUGGAUUUCAGGCACUUAAUCGCAAUGGGAAUGCUAUUAAUAACACUGGCAACAGUCCUGUCGGGAAUUGCUACCAAAAUCCAGACUAUCGUCUGCCUCGCAUCGGUGUCUUUGGGACAGAUAUGGAUCCACCACCUCCACCCCUUCCAGGAGCCCUCGUUCCAGGAGAGCCUACCUCAGAAAGCAGAAAAUUUAUACAAGCGAGAGCAAGCCAGCCUCCCCAGCCACCUCGGUUCACCACCGCCUCGCUCAGAUGCCAGAUCCUCACUCGUAUUAUGUCAAGGGCGCUUGACAGAGCUGUCACUAUAGUGUACAGCCAACUCUAUCCGAAUAUUGAAAGUACAGCACGCAAUUUCGUUUUCAAUUCAGCAUCCACCAGCCAUGGCUUCCAUCCCCAACUAUCUCUCAAUAUCCAGGUCCAUAAUACACAGGGAGGGGCAACCACAGCCCUAGCGGAUUAUCUUUCCUCUUUCUCUGUCAAGCCGCUUACAGAGCACGUCCGACCCACACCAACACCUCUUGGUGAUAUCUCGUUGUGUUGCCAGGAUACCAUCCUUUUAGUGCACGGUAAUGUGUACGCUAAAUUACACGUUAUCCUGGAUUCUUCACAAAUAUCAAUUGCACCAAAGUCAAGUAAGGAAGAUUUACUCUCCGCCGCGGUUGCCUUGGAUGCGCACCUAUCCUCCUCAGGUGACACGGAUCAAACCAGCAUCUCUCGUGGCUCGGUCCCUUUUACUAUCAAGCCACCAAAGAAAGUGGAAAUGGGCACAUUUUUCACGCUACAGGUUCCCAGAGCUGUCUCUGGAGAUAGUUCAAUGGAGUCUAUUAGGGAUGAGAAAGUUAUCGCCAUCGUGUCGAACCCGCAAGCCAUCAUGUCCUGUGGGCCCGCAGAUUCGGAGGGAAAUCUGACCUUUGCGGCUUUCAAUAAUCCAGGUACAGUGGAAAUAACUGUUGUUCGACCAAACAUUGAUACAUUACUCCCUGAAGUCGCGGCGUUCAAGGUGGAUAUUUCCGAUACUGAGGGUUAA